AUGCAGCAUGCACCACCAGGUUGGCCAGGUGGACAAUAUCCACCAAAUACAAUGAUGCCACCAUCAAUGAUGAUGAUACCUCCAUUAAUACCACCAACAGGACAAGUUGGAAUGAAUGGUGGAAUGAAGGUAAUAUAAGAAAACAAAAUCAGAUCUGA